AUGUCCGAAGGCUCCAAACUGUUCUUCACAGACUCUUACCAACCUAUUGCUCACGCGAUAGGCUUCUCUCCGGGACCGGCUGGAGAGAAUGGCUGCUUGUUGCUGGAUUCCCUCGAUGUGCCUUCCACGAGCAUCGAGUACCGCCCCCCUCAUCCACUUGGUAUAUAUGGGCUCGGGCUGGGGAUCCCUGACUACGCCGGUUAUGACCCGGUCUCCGCGGUUGAACCAAGUCUGGCCCAGCGAAGUACUGAGUCACAAGUGCGUCUGUUUGGUCGUGGUGUGAUGAAGCAGCUGAGCGAAGACGUGAGGGACGAGUUGUUUGUUGAAGCACUACGGCAAGGGAAAAUCAGACUAAUCCCACUGCUGGCGAACGAAGACGUCUACUCCUAG